AUGCAAACAAAUACAUACAUACAUACAUACACAUCAUUAAUCUUUUUUUUACUGUACCGCCUUGUCGUUUUCGUUAUUCAAUUGCGACAACGACAUAUCCCGUAUCGUCAAAUUCAGGAUAAUAAAGAUGGAAUAACAAUCAUCAUCGGACCGUUUCAUAAAUCAACGAAUCUAACUGCAACAAUGAUGAUGUUUAAUCAAUCACGUUUUCAUACGAAUUUUACUAAGAUCAUCCCGAUAAAAACAUCAAUUGGUGAUCAGAAGAAUCUAACUAAUACAACGAUUCAAUCCGAUGAAAAGAAAACUCCCAUGGAUCAUUUUCGAAUAUCUGUCGAAGCACAUGAAUACGAUCUCGCACAUGAUCAAGAAUCUUUGGAAUUUCGGAACUGUUUGGAAGCGUGUGAAAUCUAUGAACGUAAUGAAUUGAAACCCGAUCAUGAUUGUAUUCGAAAGAAAUGUCUCAAGGAUAUAACAGGCAUUUGA